AAGAGCAGGCUGGCCGGAAGCGGACCCGAGCGCAGCCGGAAGGAGCCGAGUCUGCCCGAAGGGGGCUGAGCGCGACUGGACUUUGGGCUUGGCCCAGGCGCGCCAUGGCUGCGGAGGGGACAGCUGUGGUCGGAGGCGGGGCUGCUGACGGCCGCCUAGCCAAGGACGGCUUGCUGCAGUCUCAGUGCCCAGACGCGGCUCCGAACCGGCGGCGCAGCUCGUCGUUGUCGCGUGACGCCGAGCGCCGAGCCUACCAGUGCUGCCGGGAGUACUUGGGCGGGGCCUGGCGCCGAGUGCGGCCCGAACAGCUGAGGGUUGACCCUGUGAGCGGAGGCCUCAGUAACCUGCUCUUCCGCUGUUCGCUGCCGGACCACCUGCCCAGCGUCGGCAAGGAGCCCCGCGAGGUGCUGCUGCGGCUGUACGGGGCCAUCCUGCAGGGCGUGGAUUCCUUGGUCCUCGAAAGUGUGAUGUUCGCCAUCCUGGCGGAGCGGUCGCUGGGGCCCCAGCUCUAUGGAGUCUUUCCAGAGGGCCGGCUGGAACAGUACAUCCCAAGCCGGCCACUGAAAACGUGUGAGCUUCGAGAGCCUGUGUUGUCAGCAGAAAUCGCCACGAAGAUGGCACGGUUCCAUGGCAUGGAGAUGCCGUUCACUAAGGAGCCCCGCUGGCUGUUUGGGACCAUGGAACGGUACCUAAAGCAGAUCCAGGACCUGCCCUACACCGGCCUCCCCCAGAUGAACCUGCUGGAGAUGUACAGCCUGAAGGAUGAGAUGGGCAACCUGAGGAAAUUGCUAGACUCUACCCCAUCACCAGUGGUCUUCUGUCACAAUGACAUCCAGGAAGGGAACAUCUUGUUGCUCUCAGAGCCAGAAAACACCGACAGACUGAUGCUGGUCGACUUUGAAUACAGUAGUUACAACUACAGGGGCUUUGACAUUGGGAACCAUUUUUGUGAAUGGGUUUAUGACUAUACUCACGACGAGUGGCCUUUCUACAAAGCGCAGCCUGCACACUACCCAACCCGGGGGCAGCAGCUCCAUUUUAUUCGCCAUUACCUGGCAGAGGUCAAGAAAGGUGAGACCAUCUCCCAAGAGGAGCAGAGGAAACUGGAAGAAGAUUUGCUGGUAGAGGCUAAUCGGUGA